AUGGAAUACAACCUUUGCGGUUCAAUGACUUCAGCCCUGGCCCUUCGAACACAGAAGCGCUCUCUGUUUAAUCAUGUGACGGUAAAUAACACUGAUUUUACUGAAACCGAGCCAUCGAAGAAGAUCAUGAAGCUGGAUACGCUGGAAGCUGUUGCUGGAGGCAAGCAGUCAACGCCGGUUAAGAGGUGUUUUACAUUUCCUGUUUUUUUUGCAUAUAUUCGCCAGUGUUUCUGCGUGUCCUUGAUAUACGGAUUAUCUUAA